AUGUUAUUCGAGAAACCAGCUCCCACGUUCACUCUCAACUAUUUAGUAAUUUUAUUUGGAGUCAUUUUAGUGGGCACUCUUUUAAUCGUUGGAUGUCCAAUGUUACGGCGUUGUUUUGAGCGAAGAGUGUUUGGAACUCGAGGGCAUGACGGUCAUAUAGUCACUGUCUCCGCCGAGCCCUUCGGAAGACAAGGAAGCGCUUUUCCGGCGAGUACAACAUUUUCACCUGAUCUCAUCUUACAUCCGGCCUAUCAAACCUCAUCACUAACAAUUCCACCACAUUCUACAAUCAGUCAACCCAAUUCGGACGCAUCACACUCACUUCAGCGACUCUCUGGAAUCACGGCUGCUAACUCCAACAUUUCAGUGCCUCCACCAUACUCAUCUUUAGUGAACCCACCGACAGCUAUGUCGUGA